AUGUACUCAACUGGCUCUAACUCACGACCAGUCUUUGUAUCGCUCACUGAUAUCAACAAAGACAACAGAGUGGAUAUAAUUGUAGCUAAUCAAGAGGCAGCCAACAUUGGCGUUAUCUUCAACGUUCAAAAUAGUUAUUUUUCUGAACAGGUAACUCACUCCACUGGAUCUGGUUCUGAAUCAAGUACACAAUAUAUAUCAGUUGUUGACGUCAAUGAUGACGACAAACCAGAUAUUAUUACUGCAGGCAAUGGGAAAAAUAAUGUUCAAGUUUUGCUCAAUAAGGGGUCUGGUCAGUUUCACCUCAUAACUCUGCGUCCCAAGGAAUCCAAAAUAUAUCCAUCAGGAGUUGCAGUGGCUGAUGUUAAUAACGAUAAAAAACCUGAUAUUAUCGUGACAAACCAAAAUAUGUCCACUAUCGGUAUUUUUCUAAACCUUGGUCAUGUUGAAUUCUCGUCUCAACAACCUUACCAGAUUCCGGAUGGUUUCGGUGUGAUGUGUCCACAGGUAGUGGAUGUCAAUGGCGAUACUCAUCCUGAUAUUAUUGUCGCAAACUCUGCUGGAGCUAGUGUUGGUAUUUUCUUUAAUUCCGGCAAUGGAACAUUCAUUUCUUGGACAACAUUUUCAACUGGAAUCAGUUCACAGCCAAACUCUGUAUUUGUAGCUGAUGUCAACGGUGAUAAUAAACGUGAUCUUAUUGUGGGUAAUUUUAAAACAAGCAAUGUGGGAGUUUUUCUCAAUAUUGGCAAUGGUAAAUUUCUUAAUCAAACAAUAUAUUCAACUGGAAACGACUCAGAACCACGAUCGGUGCUUGUGGCUGAUAUAAAUUGCGACAACUUACCUGACAUCAUCGUUGCCAACUCUAAUAAAGAGAACAUUGGUAUUUUUCUCAACUUUGGCAAUGGUAUAUUUCAGCCUCAAAGAACAUAUGCAACAGGAGUUCUCACAAAACCAUGGUCAGUAACAGUUGGUGAUGUCAAUGCUGACAGCAAACCGGACAUUAUUUUUUCAGAUGCUGCUAAUCACCAGAUUGUUAUCUUAAUACGUUCUUGA